AUGCGUGCUUACUCGUUCGCCGUGUGCCUGGUAGCAAAUGAGAAAUUUACGUCUUUUUAAAGAACCAUCACAGAGGAGCACGGGAAAACAUUUUUACAUGAAAGAGCACAAACAGCAACCCUUUUUAAAACCACCGGGGAGAUACACUCACCAGCUUCCCAGUGCGUGGAUCACAUGAUUUUAUACAAUUGAUUUUCUUCUGUCUGAACACUUGAAUCAAGUUUGCAUCAAACUGGGCAGAGGAGAAUCUAAAUGAACCAGAAAGCUUUUUGGACUUGUUAAAAGAAAGCAACUUUCUUAUUAAUACACAUCACCGUCACUCAAGCAGAUUGUACAACUGGGUUUGCAAGUUGUAGAGACAAAGAUGCCCAUCUUAAAGCAGUUGGUAUCAGGCUCAUCUCAGACUAAGCGGCGCUCUCGUAUGGACCUCACUACUGAGAUGAUCAGCGCUCCCUUGGGGGACUUCCGGCACACCAUGCACGUAGGACGCAGUGGGGAAGCUUUUGGGGACACCUCUUUCCUCAGCACUCGAUCUGGAGAGCCAUCGCAAGAGGGCCACACCUAUCCUCGCUCUCCAAAACCGGGACUGCUCUCUCGUACCUUCCGGAGCAGCAAGCGCUCGCAGUCCAUCACCAGAGUAGACCAGCAUGAGAGCACCCUCCUUUCUCCUAGUGGGUCACCUAACUGUGUAAAAAAUGCCAUGUCCCUGCCCUUCCUCAACAAUGAAGAGGGACAAGAUGGAGAUGGCAGGAUGCUCAAGAGCUUGAAUUCCAGCCCCUCCAAUGGAGCUUCUGCUAAUGCAUUGGACCUGGAGCUCCAUGAGAAGCACUUUGGGGUGUUGACAGAACUACGUCCUUCACCAUCUUACAAUGGGGGAGGUAUGAAGAAGGCUGAAUCUGUGAUGUCAUUCCAUAUUGACCUUGGGCCCUCUAUGCUAGGCGACAUCCUAGGGGUUAUGGAGAAGGAAGAGGAUGACCAAGGGUUCGAGGAAGGAAAGAGCAGUGAAGGACAUGCUUCACCCCUUCCCAGCAAUCAUGGAGGAGUGGAAGAGGAUGAGGAGAUGAGGGAGGAUGUAGUCAAACAAGAAAUACCUGAGGAGUUUGUGGUUCACGAUGAGGAACCCAUGAGGGCUCCCAGUUCCGUUGACCUUGAGAUCCAGAGUGAAGGCACCAGCACUCCAGAACCAUACCACAAACACCUGCAUCAUGCUGACAGCUGCUCAGUCUCCAGCUCAGGUUCUGCUGCCAUGGAGGAGAAACCAACCUGUCAGGCUUAUGAAGAAGACAUGGGUAGUACAGACAACGCCGGCCACCUGGACAAUGAACCAGCCUUCUCUUCCUUCAUAGAGGAUGAGGACGAUGAGAUCAGAGUAUGAACACUACAAUAAGGAAACAUUUAUGGGGAUGGAGACACCAAAUUUGAGUCUUCUGACAUUGUAUAAAAGAAACUAUUAGAAUUCCUGCUGGGUUCUAAUUGUGAAGUAGGGGUGUAGGUGCAAGACGUCAAAGCUGGACAGAUGCCUCAGUCUCCUUUGUGACUGUAGAGAGAAGUUGGGGAGACUGCUUCAGCUCAGAAACCAAAGCCAUCUGUCACACUACUUACCAACUGUAAGAAGCACAGCUGGAUGUGUUUACAUUCAGACAGAAGAUCAGUCCAAAAGGAACGCUUUGUUUGUUCCACUGAUAGCUCACUGAAACUGUAAACUGAAAUGUCACUGAAACUGUAAACUUUACUUGCUCAAGCGAAUGCAUUUAUAAGCCAUUCUUCCGUUCUCCACAGUCCCAUGUAAUGGUGCCUAAAGAUAUUGGUUCUUUUUGUAUUUGGAGCACUAGUGCAUUAAAGUAAAACAUAUAAUUUGCUCUGUGGCCCUGUGUAUGUUAACCUUGUGCAUAAAAGUGAUGUAUAUUUUCAAAUAAAAACCAGCACUCUGCCAUUGCCUAUAUGGAAAUGCUGUGCAUGCAGGUAACUCUCGUGGCAAGGGAUGGUCGAAAAGGCUGAGUUCUGUUUUGUCAUAAACAUGCUGGGGUUUGGCUUUUUUUUUUAAGCCCUACAAAUAACAUAUCUCUAGUUUACAUACAAUUUAGUCAUACAUCUGGUAAGAUGCUGUGAUUAUGAGAGCUACUAUGAUUCUUAAAUGUUCUUGUGAUGGAGGUCACAAACUGCAGCCGUCAGAGCUGGAAUGGAGAUGAUUGAAAGUGGCAGAUGUUGGAGAACAACUUCAUUCUCCAUAGGCUGGUCAUGAUCAACUAUCGGGAAGAAUGGCAACAGGUGUCCUUUCAUCAAAUAGCAUUUUUCAGUCCAUACUUGUUUUGCAUUGUAGCUGUCUGUGCAGUAUUUUGCAUAUCUCACCACUUCCUUCCUGCUCUUCAUGGCAUGCAAGGGAAGGCACCUAGCUCUGUUUCUCACUGGAGUUUUGAUAAGUUUGGCUGUGUCACUGACAAUGAAUCAUUUAAACAAUUGUGUUCAACAAAAUUGUCAAAUUAAACUAAGAAGCCAGUUAUGGUUGAUCAUAUGUUCUAGUAAACAUGUAAUUCAGUUCUAGUAAUUCUGGCAUUGACUUAUUACACUGGCAUUGCUCCUCAGGAAGUUCAAUGGGGUGGUGUGAUGCACUGUUGCGCAAAGACACUAAUCUACAUUGAUUCUGUUUGCAUAUUUUGAAAUUUGCAGGAUGUACUGUACAUAUAGGUCUACAUAUGUUGCAGAUGACCAUGCAUAAACUAAAAUUAGGCUUUUAUUACAGAACCCUUUUUUGCUUUUUGUGUAACCACUCUGUAUGUGAGUUAACUGCAGUAGUCUGCAAGCUUUUUGUUUCUGAAUUAACUUAAGUGUCAGGCAUCGUGAAGACAAGUUUUUUGUUGUCCACCUUUGGACUUUAAUGUUACAUCUGACAAGAUUUAUGGGGAAUUCUCAACUGCUUCACACUAAGGGUCACUUCAGCCUUAAGCAGAAAAUAUAUAAGUGCCAAAUAGCAUGUACUGCCUAGCCUGACUUCUGAGUAUCAUUUAACACAAGGUGACAGAAUUUGCCUUCAUUUUCUAUUUCAGAUGUAGUGCCAAAAGAUCCAUCAUAAUUUGAUUACUGUGGGCAAAUAUGCUUAGCAAAAAUGUAUCUAAUUUGCUUUCAUAUGAUCCACACAGAGAGCGAGAAAGAGAAAAACAUGCUGUUAGCAAUUCACAAAAAUUUGCAUAGCCUUGUUCUUGCAGUCAUUUUUAAAUGUGGGAAGAUAAAAAUAAGCAAAAAAGAUGUUGGAAAUCUGUUUAUUCCUGAAACUGUAAGGCUUUAUGUGUGAGGUGGAUUUAGCUAUGUUUAUCUUUGCCUUUUCGCCGUUUGUAAAACUUGUCUCGCUUAUCUUUGCUAAAAAGGCUAUAACUGCGUUAUUUUUAAAUAAAAGAAGUUGU